AAGGAAAUAGAACAGAGGCUGGCCAUGUGGUAAGAAUGACAUCACGUCAUGACAUGUCAAAUUGAUAAUAGAAAUAACCGUAAUUUUCUGAAGGAAAUAGAACAGAGGCUGGCCAUGUGGGAGGGGAAAUCCAAUGCACAUCUGAACGGAGAUUACCAAAGAAUAGGGGACAUUAUGUUAAAUAACUUAAAGGUUUUGCAGUUGUACAAGAACUAUAUAGACCACCAUGAAGAGAUCUUAAUGGGCUUCGAGAACACGAUGAAACAAGAUAAAAAUUUCGAGCAGCUUUUAAAGGACUUUGAGUCACAAAAAGUCUGCUAUCUUCCUCUUUACUCCUUCUUCCUGAAGCCAGCGCAGAGGCUGAUGCAUUACCAACUGAUCCUUGAAAGGUUACUGGCACAUUAUUAUGCAGAUCACCCAGACUACAAGGAUUGUAAAUCUUCCCUUAUUAAAAUAGCUGAAGUCACCAGUGCCUCUGCAGACACAAUGAGAAGUUUGGAAAACUUGCACAAACUUCUGGAGUUACAAAGAGACCUGUUAGGAAUAGACAACUUGGUUCAGCCUGCCAGGGAAUUUAUCCGAGAAGGCUGUCUCCAGAAACUUUCCAGGAAAGGAUAUCAGCAAAGAAUGUUUUUCUUGCUGUCAGACAUGUUGGUCUACACCAGCAGGUCGGCCACUCCCAGUCAGCAGUUUAAAGUCCACGGGCAGCUGCCACUGAGGAACAUGUAUGUAGAGGAAACUGACCCCAAGAUGGCUGUCGCCAACAGUUUCACCAUAUUCAGUGGAAACAGGUGCCUCCUAGUAGCAGCCAGCUCCCAGGAAGAGAAGGAUAAAUGGGUCGAAGACCUGACAGAUUCCAUCCAGCUGGUACGUGUGAAGGGAGACGAUAUCCACCUUCAGAAACAGCCCAGUCUCAAGUCCAGUACAAGUUCCUCAGAGAACAUAGAUGUGUCAGACCCAGCGCCCUCAUCGCCUCCAGAGAAGCAGUCCCAGCACCGCGCCAAUACCACCAUGCAUGUAUGCUGGCACCGAAACACCAGCGUCAGUAUGAAGGACCAUAACACAGCCAUCAAGAACCAGUUAAGUGGCUAUCUGCUGAGGAAGUUUAAGAACAGUAAUGGCUGGCAGAAAUUGUGGGUAGUCUUCACCAAUUUCUGUCUCUUCUUCUACAAGACAUUUCAGGAUGACUUCCCCCUUGCCAGCCUCCCCCUGCUUGGCUAUUCCGUUAGCACCCCCAGCGAGGUGGACGACAUACACAAAGACUACGUCUUCAAACUACAAUUCAAGAAUCAUGUUUAUUUCUUCAGGGCGGAGAGUGAAUACACAUUUGAAAGGUGGAUUGAAGUGAUCAACAGUGCCACCAGCAGUGCACACAGGACACGGCUGUUCAGUCGCAUGGAGAGUGAGAUGGAGGCCAGAUGACGACUGCGGACAAGCCUGGGUUCUGAUUUGUGCUUUCACACUGACUCAUAUUAGCAUGGUGUGGGGAGAGACUGAAAUCAGGACAAAUAGAUUCCGCGCAUUUGGUGGAUGCUGAAGAAAUAAUAAUGUGUAAAAAGUUAAAGAGACAACUGCUGGUGAUGUGGUAUAAAUUGAAAUGCUUCCCCUGGGGGGGGGCACCCCUGGGGAGGGCAUUAGACCUCAGGGUGAUGGUCAUAUCCCCAGGGAGUUUCCCAGAAAGUGAUCAGGAAGAUGUCCACAUUAAACUCUGCUGACACUGAAGGACUGGGAUUUUCGAGGAUUAACCACUGCCUUUUGAGCAAUAAAAGAUGUCAUAUGUCCUGUGAGGUACGUAAGGAGGACAGGACAUGACCAGUGUAAUCUUUGGUUCUCAAAGAGAAACAGUUGAUAUGUUUUUUUCUUCUUAAUUACAGUUUAACGGUCACAGAUGUAUCAUUUUGAUCACGUGAAGUAUUUUUAUCAUUUGCGUGGACAUUAAGCUGUGGCCCCAGGGCUGCCAUUGCCAGAAAAUCGGCAGCUGUUUAGAGAUCAGGAAAUAGAAAGUGGUCUUCCCACAGGGCCACCCAGCACAACAAAGGAUGGGAAAUGGUGUGUGUCGUCAGCGGUAACGACAUUUCUAGUACCUAUCAUAGGUUUCUAAGUCAUCCUGAUGACAAAAAUAUGAGCUGUAAAGAAGAUAUGUUAAUCGGUUCCCCUCCUAGUGUGAAACUGGACUCCUCAUGUUGUGGCCUUGCUGUUUAAUGGGAGAGUCAAUUGCCUUUGACGAGGGGAGUAAGGUGGUGUUUGAGCCAUUAUGUCAGAUCAUUAGUGUGAUUUCUCAUCAUCAGUAGAAUGGCUUUGCCAUUUGCACAUCUCUCACCAAGGGUCUGAUGGAAGUCAGACAGGGAAAUCAUGGCCUCUGAAUACAGACCUUAUUUAUCAAGACUUCACUUUGAAAAAAAAAGAUAACAGCACUAGAAAGAUCUAGAUAUCAAGAACUGAGUGCAUGUGUACUGGGUGUGAAUGCGCUGACACAAUCUCCUCCAGUACACUGGCACACCUAACACAAUCUCUCCCAGUACACUGGCACACCUAACACAUCAGCCAGGUUGCCACUGAAGCCAAGGCCCUCAACAUUUGGUUUCUUAACAUAAAAUACCCAUCAGCUGAUGUAUUAAAAUGACCAAAUAUAUUCCUUUCUUUUAGUAAGAAGUAUUUUUGAUACCUUUGCAUUUGAUAUUUUGAGCUUUAUCUUUUGUGUACAUCAUGAUUCACACUUCAAUCUUCAUGAAUGUAGGACAUUUAUACCAGUACCAUGUUAAGCAUAAUGCUGGGUCAGAAAUUAGUUUUCUAUCCAUAAGAAAUACCACUUUGCAUGGACAAACUUGCGCCAUCCUGUCCACUGUCACGUCGAUGACACUGACAAGCCAUCCUUCUUGUCAACAGAGCCGUGUCAGUCAUCACGUUUCUGUCAGAUAUCUAGAAAACGUGUACAAGUAGAUAGCGUGUUAGCUUAAGUGAUAAAGUGAGAAAUAAACCAUACAUGUAUGUAUAGCAGAGUAAAUAAUGAGGGGACUUUGUGAAUUUUUGCUAUUAUAAAUCAUGUCUAUUAUGCUUCUUUAAUCAUGCUUUUGCAUAAUAAUCAAAUUAUCAGUGAAUACAAGUGUCUGUAUACCUGUAUCUCACUUACAAACACACUUGAGUUUAAUGUGUUAUGAAAACAAUGUUUAGUUGCCAAUUAAUCCAGCAGUAGAUCUUACAUAAAUGCACUGGCAGUGUGUUCAUUUUCAUUUGCUACUUGACUGACGCAUUUUUUCCAUACUUCCAAUUUUCAACGGCAGAUUUUGAGAGGCAGAUUUAGUAGAACAUGCGGAGUUUUAAAAGAAAGCUCUAUUGCUAUUCAUAACACUUUUGUACUAUUCACUUUUGUAACCUCCUGUAUAAAAGAGUCCAAGUGAGUGAAUCUGUGAUGGAGUUGUUAAUUAGUCACAAACUAUAUUUGUUAAUUAUGUACAGUAAUUAGAAGUGUUCCUGCAAGACCGCAGUGUCCAGGAGUAAUAAAUGUUGUUCUGUUCAGGAGUGAUUACUGAGGCCCAUUUUGCGGUUUGUGCUCCCCAGAUAAGAAAUUAAUAUGCCGGAGGCGAGAGCGGCAAACAUUUUUGUUGUUCUUAUGUUAUUAGUGUUAUUUCACCAGCUGUUGCAAUAAUGAUAGAAUAUAACCUUAUUUACCAUUUAACAUAGGAUUGGUGCAUUUAGUUUGGAAGGCUUGUAAAGCUUCCACGCGUAUUCCCCCGGAUGAGUAUCAAAACGUUAUUGUAGUGUGUUAUGUAUAUAAAUUAUAUAUUAUAUAAUAUUUUGAGCACUUUCUACAGUACAUCUAGUUAAUUCCGUGAUAGCAUUACAUUGUUC